AUUUUUUACUUUGCAGGAUGGCGCGAGUCGAUCUUGUCUUUACCAAAAAAACUACUUUCUGGUACGAGCCGGGUGCACACAAAUUCAGUGUCAGCUGACAGUGAGGAUAAGCUACCCAAGCUUCCGAUUCCACCCCUAGAAAAUACUCUAAGAAAAUACGAAAAGACAUUAAAACCUCUCCUAAAUGAACAAGAACAAGAUCGAAUUCGUGAAAUUAUCAAGGAGUUCGGAAAACCUAAUGGUCAUGGCUCAAAACUUCAAUUAUAUCUUGAGAACAGAAGGGAACAACUGGACAACUGGGCAUAUGAAUACUGGAUGAAUGACAUGUACCUCAAUUAUCGAGAACCAAUACCAAUAAAUUCAAAUCCAGGCAUGGUAUUCCCUCCAAGAAAAUUCACCACAAUCUUAGACGUUGCUCGAUUUGCAGCGAGACUAAUAGACGCCGCUCUGGACCACAAAGACAUUCUGAAUCGCAAAGCACUACCAGUUGAGAAAGCAGCUUCAAGGGAACCUGGCCAGCCGCUGUGCAUGGCACAAUUCUAUAGGAUUCUGGGAGCGUCUAGAUUGCCUGGAAAGAAGAGAGAUUCGCAUUAUGUAUGUCCUAUACCGAAAAAUGGAGAACAACCGUCUGAACAUAUAAUUGUUAUAUGUAGGAGUCAACUUUAUUGCGUUCCUAUUCAAGCAGGUGACAGAGGAAGGCUUACUGAAGACGAAAUAUGUUCACAACUUUUAUAUAUUCUCGAUGAUGCUCCUUGUUUAUCAAAUCCACCUCCUAUAGGUUUAUUAACUGGUUGGAAACGAACCCUUUGGGCAGAAGCCAGGGAAGAUCUGAUGAAAGAGGAAAGAAACAGAAGAAAUUUAGAUCUUAUCACAAAAUCACUGUUAGUAGUUUGUUUGGAUGAAGCUUUACCAAAUUCGUUUAACUGUCGGUUACAAAGAGGAGGAAAAGGCCAUAUGACAUCGACACGAGACGAAACAAAUCUAUCCCAUCAAAUGUUACAUGGAGGUGGAAGCACCCAAAACUCAGCAAACCGAUGGUUCGAUAAAACAAUUCAGUUAGUUAUCUCUGGUGACGGAGCUUGCGGUCUUUGCUAUGAACAUUCUAACGCCGAAGGAAUUGCAGUAAUCCAACUAGCAGAAACACUAUGGAAGCACGCGGACUCUUUCACUUGUCCUUGCGAAGUUCCCGCCACUUCCAAUAGCCAUCUACCGCCGCCGGAAAGACUAGAAUGGUUACUAGAAGCUACUGACCAUAAAAGAAUAGAAGAAGCUGCAAUAUAUUUAGAUAAUUUAGUCAAAGAUCUGGAUUUUCAAGUCUUCAGGUUUAUCGGUUAUGGUAAAGAGUUUAUAAAAUCAUGCAAAGUUAGUCCUGAUGUUUAUAUCCAGUUAGCAUUGCAACUGGCUUAUUAUAGACUUUAUGGAAAGUUAACAGCAACUUAUGAGAGUGCGUCUACUAGGAGAUUCCGUUUGGGAAGGGUAGAUUGCAUUAGAUCAGCUAGUCCCGAGGCUUUGGAAUGGGUCAAAGCUGUGUCACAGCCAAAGGAUGACGAUGAAUCGGGGAAUAAAAAGGUAACAUUUCACUUAGUCAGUGACGAAAAAAAGAUCCUACUAUGGAACGAAGCGGUCGCCGUCCAAACCCAAGAAAUGGUAGAUAAUAUCCUCGGACAAGGUAUAGACAUACAUAUCCUAGGUUUAAGAGAAGCUGCUAAAGAAACUUCACCAACCGCCUCAUCGCCACUGCCAAAACUCUUCACAGAUCCAUCUUAUAGGUUAGCAAAUAAAUUUCUCUUAUCGACAAGCCAAGUAGCAACGAACACAAACAGCUUUAUGGGAUACGGUCCCGUGGAAUCCGAUGGGUAUGGGGCUUCUUAUAAUCCUAAGAGUGAUUGCAUUAUAUUUUGCUUGUCUGCUUUUUGGUCAUCAGAGGUCACUAGCACUUCUAAGUUUGCUCAAUCUUUGGAAGAAAGUUUAAAUAUUAUGCAAAGUUUACUGACUAGACCUACGUGA